CCGGAUCUCCUCAAUUUCAAGAAGGGAUGGAUGUCCAUCCUGGACGAGCCAGGAGAGUGGAAGAAACAUUGGUUCGUGCUGACUGACUCGAGCCUGAGGUAUUACCGGGACUCGAACGCAGAGGAGGCCGAUGACCUCGACGGAGAGAUUGACCUCCGCUUCUGCACAGAUGUGACGGAGUUUGCCGUGCAGCGGAACUAUGGCUUCCAGAUACACACGAAGGAUGCUGUCUUCACCCUGUCAGCGAUGACCUCGGGCAUCCGGCGCAACUGGAUCGAGGCCCUGAGGAAGAAUGUGCGUCCAGUCAGUGCUCCGGAUGUCACCAAGCUCUCUGACUGCGAUAAGGAGAACUCCUUCCGUAACUGUGUCCCCCAGAAGGGCUCGCUUCGGACAGAGGAGCAGCAGCGGCUGGGCUCCAGCUCCGAGGGGAACACGAAGGGCAGUCGCUGGAAGGCAGACGGGCAGCGCCAUGCCUUUGACUACGUGGAGCUGUCCCCUUUGCCGCAGGACCCUGGGAACCAGGGGUCCCAGCAGAGAACGAGAGGGAGCUCGAGGAUCUCCGACCGAACUCCCAAGCAUGAGGAGCUGGAGCGCGAUCUGGCUGUCCGUUCAGAGGAGAGGCGGAAAUGGUUCGAGACUCCUGAUGGCAGGGGGGGUCAUGGAGACACCAAUGAGUCACUGAAAAAGGAGGUCCAAUCGCUGCGGGCGCAGCUGGAGUCCUGCCGGGCCCAAAACGAGAGCCUUCGGGAGGCUGCGAAAUCCCAGGGAGGCGGCCAUGUGCCCCGGGGCUACAUCUCACAG